AGCGUACAUCCCCCAUACACACGACAUCUUUUCUUUCUAUUAUUACUUCGCUCUCAUUCAGGGGACGUGCAAGCUACGUCCCCCUCAACAUAUUCAUAUAUCCCGGCUCUCUCUAGUUGGGUUUCCAAUCAUUUCCGCGCGCCCACAGACACACGCACAGUGUGCUUUCACAACCACAACAACAACAGCGAAGAGAACAAAAAAAAAGUAGGUGCCACAUGUCGGUCCGUUACAGCGCUGCUGUUGAGGCCGCCAUAGCGGAGGUGUGCCCGCCACGCGACGCGAUGGACUCCGGCGACUUCGACCCUGUCGUCUACUUAAACAGCCGCUUCCCCGAUGAGUCGAGUCUGGCUGCGCUGCCCGCCUUUCUGGACGAGGCGAAUGAGCGUUUGCGCAAGACCGAGAACUCCCUGUUGAAGGCGGUGGAGCAGCAGUCCAGCAACGCCACCAGCGCGGAGUGUGACUUGAAAAGUGCAAAGGAGGCUGUCGCGCAGCUGUACAUGCGUGUGUCGGAUAUCAAAAUGCAGGCGUCGGACAGUGAGGAGAUGGUGAAGGACUUGUGCCAGCACAUCCGUGAACUCGACAUUGCCAAGACAAAUCUCACCGCCAGCAUCAACACCCUGCGCUCCGUCCAACUCUGGAUGCUGCAGCUGCAGGUGCUGUCGUCGUCCUUUGAAAAGCGCCGCUUCCUUCAAACCCGCGAUGCCCUGCAGGAGGCACUCAAGUACUCCACCUCGUUCGCGAAGAUGAAGGAGAUCCCCAAGGUGAAGGAGCUGAAUGACAAGCAAACGCAGCUCUGCCGACAGGUGGAGUACUACAUCCGCAACACCGUCUUUGGGGAGAUGGACCUGGACGCCAUGGAUGUAAACGCAAUGGCGGAGGCGUGCUCCGUCGUGGACCUGAUGGCGGAGGAGAGUAAGAAGAAACUGCGUGACCGCUUCAUUGACAAGCUACUGGAAUCCUACUCGCUGCGUUUUAAGCGUGGCACCGAUGAGGCGAAGCUGGAGCGCACGGAGCGGCGCUAUGUGUACCUCCGCACGCUGCUGGAUCGGUACGACGGCGUCUUCCAAAACGUUUUUCCCCGCCAUUGGUGUGUGCCGCAGGAACUGUGCGUCACCUUCUGCCUCCGCACGAAGCAGGAGUUGGACCUCGCCCUCCGUGAGUCGAACAACGACAUCGACGUGGUGGUGCUCACCUACGUGAUUCAAAAAACAAUCGACAUGGAGCGCGACGUAACGCAGAUGAUGGCGUGGAAGGACGAGUUCCCAGGUCGUCGGGAGCUGCCAGUGUACAAGUACAACGGCUUGAUCCUCUCCGCCUUUAAGGAGCACAUGGGCCUGCUGGUGCAGAAUGAGGAUAAGCUGAUGCGCGAGGCGCUAGCGCAGCCCCUCACCGGAAGCGGCGAGUCGGCGUGCACGGGGUGGAGCAGCGCGGAGGAGGAGAUUCGCAACGGCACCUGGCUACCCAUCGCAGAGGACAUCUUCGUGUUCAUCAAAGAGAGUCUGAAACGAGCCCUGCGUAUUGCGCAGCAAGAUGUGCUGCUGGAGAUGGCCGGUGUGUGGCGGCGGCAUCUCAUUGAGCUGGCGCAGGCCGUCACGGCGCUGCUGCCGACCCCCGCCCUCACCCCGCUGGAACGUCGGCGUGCCUGCAUCGUGCUGAACACGGCUGACCUGUGCCAGACCACGAGCCAGGAUCUCGGCGACGAAGUCUGCGCUCGCAGCGAGGUCCCCGCACGCGAGGUCGCCUUCGACCAGGUGAAAGAGGCUUUCUCCACACUGUACUCGAAGGCCAUUCAAGCCAUCUUGCAGGGUACGGAGCUGGCCCUGGCCCCGAUGCUCGUAGAAUACGGCAGCGGCGGCUUCAUGGCCAAAAAAGGCACCUCGGCCUACGACGCCAACAGCGGCGGCGCGGCUGAUGAGUCGAAGCUGGUGCGCGACAUCACCACUACGCUGCACGAGACGGUGCUGAGCUGCGCCGCCGUCGUCCCGCCGUCGGCGCUGCGCUUCCUGCUUGACAAGAUGGCGGCCCUCUUCAUUGCCGAGUACGGCAACACCCUCUACCGCCUACGACGGCUGCCCGACGAGGGCAUCAGCGCGAUGCGAGUCGACGCGGCCGCGCUGGAGAAAGCGUUCCUGCAGCUGCCCAACUACAACGAUCCAGCCCGCUUCCCUGCCACGGCGCUGACCGGCUACAUGAAGCUGGUGCGAAAAGAGUUCGAUCAGCUGAACCGUGCGCUGAAAGUGCUGCAGGUGGACGCGCGGACAGACGCCUUCAUUGACGUGUACUACGAGGUCGUCCUGCCCGAGGACCGAUCCAUUCACAACUUCGUACGGCUGGUGGAGCUGAAGGGGCUGCGCCGCGAGGAUGUGCGGGCGUGGGUGGCGACGCUGUCGAAGCGCGGCGUGGUUGAGGCAACGAAGCGCGACUUCCAGCGGGAGGCCUCCCUCGGCAUCGCCACUGGUAUCUCGUCCUCGCCCGCACCGCCGUCGACGGGCGGCGGUGGCGCACCCAGCGUGGGCGGGUUGAACUUUGCCGCCCUCUUCACACGCGAUCCCGCAGCGCCGGGGUCGCCACAUAAUGCCGGGGCUUCGGCGGCGGUAGCGGCGGCUACGUCGACAGGGGCCACAGGCGGCGCCUCCACGGCGUCCCCCACAGCGAGCAGUCACUUCUCCCUCUCGAACUUCGUGUCGACCAUCGGUGGCGGCAACAGUAAUGCAGCGAUGGUUGAGCACCACAACAACAGCGUCAACGGCGGCAGCAUAGCCUCGCCUCGUGGGGCCGCAGGUGGAACCGUCGCCGGCGCCGCACCCAACCCCGAUCACCCCGGAGCCUCGCCGAAGAACCAAACGGACGAAGAAAGUCUGGGUUCACGUUUUGCGAAUGCCGCGCGCAACACGGCGACGUCCAUCAGCUUUUUGAACAAGUUUAAGCGAAACGAGGGAGACAAGAAGUGA